AUGGUCCCGGCCCGCGCCGCGCCGCCCGCCCACCUAGCGUCCAGGCGCGCCCUGCUAGCCCAGCCCGGCUCCCUCCCGCCGCGACUUUUAAAACAGGGCCCCGCCCCGACGGGGCAGGUCUGGGGGGCGGGGGCGCCGUGGUGUGGGCGGGGCUGGGGCCUGGGGGCGGGGCGCUGUAGUGUGGGCGGGGCUGGGGUCUGGGGGCGGUGCCGCGGUAGUGUGGGGGGCUGGGGCCUGGGGGCGGGGCGCUGUGGUGUGGGCGGGGGCUGGGGCCUGGGGGCGGGGCGCUGUGGUGUGGGCGGGGGCUGGGGCCUGGGGGCGGGGCGCUGUGGUGUGGGCGGGGCCGGGGCGGGGCCGCGCGGCUGGGGGUGCUCCGGCCCCGCCCACGUCCCCCUGCCCACCACGCGCGCUGCGGGCGGGGUCCGGACAGGGGCGGCCGGCUCCGGCGCAGGGGGUGCGCGCGGGGCCGGCCGCCGGGGCAGGCGGUACUUCUGGGGCCGCGCGGAGGCCCGGCCGCGGCGCCAGGCGAGCAGCGGCUCAGCGUGGCCUGCGCUCCCGCAUCGCUCUCCGGAGGAGCAAGAUGUCGCCGAUGGCGCUGCGCGGAGGCAGAUGUUCGUGCUGCUGAGAGCGAAAGCGCCGCCUAAAUCCUCUGAGAGCAGACGCCUCCCUCGACGCGCUUCCCCGGCCCCCAGCCCGCUCCACCCUUCGCCGUGGGGGCGGCCGGCAGGCGCGGCGGCUGCCUCAGUGCAGGGGAGCGCGCACCUGGAUUCAGGCACUCUGCCAGGCCUUGGGGGUCCCAGGCCCGAGUCCCUGGCGCGCACAUUCGAGGCGCAGGCUCACCCCCAGUUCCUGUAGGCACUGCCCUAGGCACCCGUCACACUGCGGGAGGCGUCAGUCAGCGUCGGGGUGAUGCUCUGCCUGGCCCCCACUUCGGGCGUCUUGGGAUCGGCUUGUCCAGAGUGAAACAUGGAGCCCCCUGCCCCAAGCUGCGGCCGCGAGCAACACUCCUGUGGUGUCCUCUUCCGACGAACUUGCAGCUGGUCGCGGUUCACAGAAUCCAUUCGAAGUCUACCCUUCAGCUCUGGCCUGCUUCGUGUUCACACACCUGUUACUCUGGCUUUAACACCUUUUCAUGUUUUAGUGCGACUCCUUUCUUGUCUACACCCCACGCUUAUUUUAAAACUUAUGAUUAAAACUGCAGUGCCGUUCAAUCUGA